AUGGCCGACAGUGACGAUGAUUAUCACCGAAGAGGCGUGCGCGAUAAAUUCCAGCGUGAAAGAAAUGAUUAUUCAGAUCGUUCAAGACAACGUGAUUACGACUAUGAUAGACGAGGCGGAUACCAACGAAAUGAUUAUUCGAAUGGUUCAGUGAAGCGUUCCUCAGCUAGAAGAGAUGAUUAUGGAGGAGCAAGUGCCAUGAAACGUUCUCGUAUUGAUAGUGCAUCGGACUCAUAUGAUCCUGUAAUAAAGUCAACAUCUGAAGAAUCGACCUCACCCGUAAUGAUGACAUUUAAGAAGUUUUUAUCCUGUCAAGAUGAUCAGAUAACGGAUGAAGAAGCAAUUGCUAAGUAUUCUGAAUAUAAAAUGGAAUUCAAACGUCAAGAACUACGCAAGUUCUUCAAUGCGCACAAGGACGAACAGUGGUUCCGUCUGAAAUAUCAUCCGGAAGAAAGUGCAAAGAGAAAAGAAGAACAGAAUGAGAACAUUAGUAAACGAUUGUCGGUAUUCGAGCAAAUGCUCUCGGAUGGUAAACUCGAUAAAAUUCAUGUGGAUUUCGAUUGUGCAUCUGAUAUUAUUCGUAUCAUGGACAUGUUAGUUGUUAAACUGGAAGGAGGUGAUGAAGAGGAUCUGAAUGAAUUGGAAGAUGAGAAGGUCACUGAUGCUGAAGCUAACAGCGAAGAGACUAGUGCUAAAGUUGAGAAGUUGGAAGAAAAAGCAAAACCAACAGAAACAACAGAGGAUGCAAAACCGAAGGAAGAGGAAGAGACGGAAACAGCGAACGAUGAUGGUGCAAUCAGCGAUUCAGAUGGUGAAAAGAAACCGGAAGAAGCCAGUCCAGAGCAUCGUCCUGUCAAGAAGAAAACGCUUUUACAUAAAACAUCCAGCAUCUUUUUGCGCAAUAUUGCACCCACUAUAACUAUACAAGAAAUUGAAGCGGUAUGCAAGCGUUUUCCUGGAUUUCUUCGAGUUGGAUUAGCAGAACCGUUGCCCGAACGCAAAUUUUAUAGGAGAGGAUGGAUCACGUUCCGAAGAGAUGUGAAUAUAAAAGAGAUUUGUUGGAAUUUGAAUGGUGUUAGGAUUCGUGAAUGUGAUUUGGGCGCGAUAAUCAAUCGAGAUUUGACGCGUCGUGUACGAACAGUGAAUGGUGUAACAGCGCACAAACAAGUUGCACAAAACGACUUGAGACAAGCCGCGAAAUUGACUGCUUUCUAUGACAAAAAGGCUGGCUUGUAUCAAUCAUCAGAUGAAGGUGAUCAACAAAAUGACAAGGACUUUGAACUGGACCUAAUCGCCAAGAGUAACAAUCCAUUGCUGAAGAAUCUUACUGAUUUUCUGAUAGAGGAGGCAAGUGCUGAAGAAGAAGAAUUACUUGGAUUAUCAAAUGGUGCUUCGGCAACUGAGCAAGAAGAUCAAAAGGUACCGUUCCAAAGAGAUGAUGCGCUCAUCAAUAAGUUGGAUCAUAUUCUCAUAUAUCUUCGUAUUGUUCAUUCGAUUGAUUUCUAUAAUCAUGGUGAAUAUCCUAACGAGGACGUUAUGCCGAAUAGAUGUGGUAUGAUGCAUGUACGUGGUGAUCCGCCGUCUUCGUCGCAGUGGGGUCAAGAUGAGAGUACUCAGCAACCGUUAGUUGCUGUUAAAUUCGUUAAUGACUUCAUCAGCGGAUUCAAUUCUCGUCUUCAGUCAUCUCUUCUCAAUGAAACUCGUCUCACUGAUGACGAUCUCGAAAAUUUGGGCAAAAAAGAUCCUGAAAAAGAAGUUGAAGCAUUUAUAACGGCAAAUUGUGUAGAGCUUGCAAAAGACAAAUGGUUAUGCCCAUUGUCAGGCAAGAAAUUCAAGGGACCCGAAUUCAUUCGCAAACAUCUCUUCUCGAAACAUACCGAAAAACUUGAAGAAGUUAAACAAGAGGCGGCGUUCUUCAACAAUUAUUUGGCAGAUGCGAAACGUCCCCAAAAUUUGGAUGUAAAACCGACAAGUAAUGUUUCAUCACUACCAGCGAGAGAUGAUCGUCGUGAUAGAGAACCAGAGGUGGCAGAUCGUGGUUCUUCGAUGGCAUUCGGUCGUUCGAGUGGGGGUAUGAUGAAUCGUAGUUAUGAUGAUCGUAAUCGCAGCUAUGGCAAUCGCUACAGCAGUGGUUCUUUUCGAGGGGGCAAUAAUCGAUACUGGGAUGGAGGGCAAAGUGCUGGUGGCAUGGGAGCGGGCGGCAGUGCCAGCAGACGUGAUCCCAGAGAACCUGUCACUUACAAGGACUUAGAUGCACCUGAGGACAUCUUUUGA